CUUUUAUUGUAACUGCUUUAAUAAGUUUAUAAAUAUUAUUUUAAUUAUCUCUAUUAAAAUAUUUUACUUCAACAUUUUAAAAUUAAUUCUUAUGUUUGGUUAUAAAUGUUUGCAUUGCGUUUGGACCACUAUUCACAACAGGAAAUGGUAGCAUAGUUACAGUUGACAAUGGCGGUCAACUUAAAAGUUAGAUCGAUAGUUCUAUCUCGUACUUGAAUAAAUGUUUGUAUAGUAUUAUUUUUUUUAAUAAUUAACUGGAGCAAUUAGGGCAUUUAUAAUGAGUUAUAAAAGGGACGCUUUAAAAAGUUCAUUACUGGACGACUCCUCUGACUACACCGAGAAUAGUGUUACUGCUAAAUUUAGGAGGUUAAAAAUAGAAGAAAACCUAUUGAUGAACAAUAUUAAUAAAAUGAAUUCAAAAGAAAUUGAAGGAAGCAACUCUGAACUUCCUAUAUUCUACAGUGUAGAAUUAAAGAAUUACACAGGAAAGUUAAAAAAUAAUUUAACAGAAAUUAAAAAUAUAUUUGGAGAACUAAAAGCUAUGGCUGAAGAAAAGGUAACUAGCGUUGACAUUGAUAACAUGAAACGGGACGUAGUUAAGCUGGAUGAGAAAAUACGCCUGCUCAAACAGUAUGUUCAAUUGGAGUUAGCUUCGGGGACGUCGAAGGAGAAGGAACUAACAAAACAGAUAAAUGACAUUGAAGAGAAACGGUCAAAUUGUACGUUUAAACCCAAGAUUAAAAUUAAACCGUUCAGCCAUAUUGUACCUAGUCCUGUAAAAGUAAUGAUACAGUCUCCAUUUAAAUGUAAGGAAGUUCAGAAUUUUCAAGAAUUUAUGAUGAGCAGCCCCAAUCGUUACGGAGGUUGGAAUGAAUAUCACCAUAACAUCUUCGUUCAGAUUUGGCAGAAGUAUUUCAAAUUCAAUGAUGAAAUUACAUUAAAUGGUGCUCAGGAGUUUACAUGUCGCAACCACGAUCAAUACCAAGCGUUUCAGUCGGAAAUAUUGGAGAAAAUUACAGGAUCUACGAAAGAUGACAUAGUUUCGCAUUGCAUGUGGUAUUGUAAAUAUUUGUAUCUAAGAGAACAACAGCAAAAUGCCUUGAAUAAGUGGAAGAAUAAUAAAAGGAUGUUGUCAAAAUCUCACCAUAAAUAUAGCAAUAACGAUCACAAAAGAAAUAUGGAUAUGUCGAAACGAUUUCACUGUGAAGAAAAAUUUACAAGCAUAAAAGACAUCGAAGAUUUGUUAGACACGAUGGAAACCCGCGAUGCAGAAGAAAUUGCUAACGGUCUAUGCGACAUGACCAUUCAAGAAGUAGACUCAUCAUUGGAGGCAGAGAUAAACAAGAGUGAUGUACCAGGAGAUAAGCCGGGUUCUAAAAAUGCAGUCCAACUAAAUCAGAGAUGCUUUAAUGAUAUAUUAAAGCCUACAAAACAAUGGAUUAACAGAUGCACUAGCUUAAGUGAGGACGUGAGAGGAUAUAAUGAUCUUCAAAUGAUAAAAAAGUUGCGAAUUCCCGAUUGGAGAAUACCUUUGCAAGACUGAUGGAUUUCAAUGCUAUUAUAGUGCGUAGUUUUAAUCGGUAUAUAGCCAUAAGGCGUCAUCUUUGUUCCGUACACUAAAUUCGUAUUAACGGCUAACGCUCAAAGUUGAAAUAUCAACAAUGCACGAUAAAAAAGCGCCACCGCCACCGUGUGAAAUUGUGAUAAACACACGGGUAUCCAUUUAUUUGAUUUAAAGGCUUUUUUAACCGGAUCCCUUUCUUUCGCAUAAUACCUAAUCGAAAGUCAUAAUGUAAUAAUAGUCAUAUUAUCAUUAGUCAUAACUCGGAAACCGUUAAUUUUUCAGGAAUUUCCUUAUGUUAUCCUAUAGAUAGGUUAGGUUAGGUUUGUUUUAUGGUUAACGAAAAUGCGAACAAACAGUACAUCAUGACUUAAAACUUUAUGGGAAACAAUAAAAAAAAAACAUUUAUUCUGGUAAAAAAAACCCUGAUUUUACAAUUUUGUUUUUUUCUGCCAAACUGUAAGACAGUUUGUUGGCAGAGGGAACUAGCUACAUAUUAUUAAUCUGUGGAGGGAACUCCCUUAAAUACAGAUGGGUUAGCUUAUUGCCUAGUUAAUUAAUAAGUAAGUACGGUACAUCUUAUAGCUUAUUGUGGUGGUAUUUAUAGAGACCCUUUUUUACCACACGUUGUAAAAGCGCUCGUGCAUAUGAGGCCUAAGUGUAAUACUUUAAUAAAAAUAAUUGUAUGAA